AAUAAUUGGUUUGGAAUCCUCGCCAUUAGCUAGGAGAGGAUCCAAAUCCGUUUGGAUAAACAUCCGCCUUCGACAACAACUUUUGCAAAUUCUCUUCCUUUCUUUCAUCCCGAUACAAAUUCAUCCUCCGCCUACUCAAAUUUUCCUUCCCCUUUCAAUUUCAUAACAUUCCCAAAUUCUAAUUCCAAUCAAUUGUCCAAAAACCCUAGAUCCCCUAACCCCUCCUCCGCCUUCAACCAACCUCCGAAUUAGGGUUUCUUCUCCCCGACCCAGGGGCACGCCCAGAGCUUGAACGAUAGCCAUGGACGAUAGCUGUGCCGUGUGUGCCGAUCCUCUCGAAUGGGUCGCAUACGGUGCCUGUGGACAUCGCGAAGUCUGCUCCACCUGCGUCGUUCGUCUCCGCUUCAUCUGCAACGAUCGCCGAUGCUGCAUCUGCAAGACCGAGUCCGACGUCGUUUUUAUCACCAAGGCUUUAGGAGAUUAUACAAGGAUGGUUAAUGAUUUCUCAGUCUUGCCAAAUGAUGCAAGGGAGGGUCGUGUGGGAUCGUAUUGGUACCACGAGGACACUCAAGCAUUUUUUGAUGAUGUGGACCACUACAAGAUGAUCAAGGCAAUGUGCAAGCUUUCAUGCAGCGAAUGUGACAAGAUGGAUGAGCAAUCAAACGAUGGCCCCAAGCGUCGCGGGAGGAUUCGGAAUCUUGGUCAUCUGAAGAAUCAUUUAUACCACCAACAUAGGUUGUGGAUGUGCUCUUUAUGUUUGGAAGGGAGGAAGGUGUUUAUAUGUGAACAAAAGCUAUAUACGAGAGCACAAUUGAAUCGGCAUAUAAAUACAGGUGAUUCUGAAGUGGAUGGAAGUGAGAGUGAAAGAGGUGGCUUCAUGGGACAUCCUAUGUGUGAAUUUUGCAGAACCCCAUUUUAUGGGGAUAAUGAGCUGUACUCCCACAUGACUACUGAUCACUAUACUUGUCAUAUAUGCCAAAGGCAGAAUCCUGGGCAAUAUGAAUAUUAUAAGAAUUAUGAUGACCUGGAGAUGCACUUCCGCCAAGGUCAUUUCCUAUGUGAAGAUGAGUCGUGCCUCAGCAAAAAGUUUGUUGUCUUCCAAUCUGAGGCAGAAAUGAAGAGGCAUAAUACACUUGAACAUGGAGGUCGCAUGUCUCGUUCUAAGCGUAAUGCUGCUCUGCAGAUACCAACCAGCUUCAGAUAUCAACGGAGUAGUGAACAAGAUCAUCGACGUGGAAGAGGCGGAAGAGGUGGAAGAGGUCGGACAUUUCGUCCUGAUUCUUCUGAAAAUCAACUUUCUAUGGCUAUUCAAGCAAGUUUGGAGACUGCUCAUGCUGAUAGAACAUACGAUGACCCUUCAUCCUCCAGUGUGCAAGUUUCUCCAGAUAUUGGGGAUACAGGCGAUAUUGAUCCAAUCACUGAUUCAUUUGAAUCAUUAAGUACAGCAGACGCUGAAACAUCUUCAAGGUACCGUCAAGCUGUGGGGCCUAUUUCUAGGAAUGGGCGUUUGGAAGAAUCUUUCUUUCCUCCCCUCUCAACAGCACCUGGCAACAGUUCAAACCCCAAACAAGAUUCAGAUGGUUUGCCUAGCAACACCAUGGCAUCGCAUCUCCGCCGGCAAAACCAUAAGGUGGCUGUUAAUAGCUCUGGAAAGGCUUGGCCAGCAGCCACGCGUGGGCCUGUGGCUGUUAGUAGUUCUGAACAGGAUUGGCCAGCAGCAACGCGUGGGCCUGUAGUACAGCCUACUCAUUCAGCUCAGGCUUGGCCUGCAACAAAUGUUUCAUCUGUGUCAUCUCUUGUUUCUGGUCAGAACAAUAUGGGCUUUGGUAAUGGACCCAGACCAUCUAGUUAUGCCUCUCAGGCUCAAGCUGAGACUAGACAGAAUGCCUUUGGUAAUGGUGCGAGACCAUCGAGUUAUGCAAGUUCUGCAGCUCAUGUUGAGACUAGACAGGCAACAGUACCUGGAUUAUUAUCAUAUGGUUCUUCGAGGGAUUCAAGCAAGCCCAAGCCUGGUAGGAUCAGCCACUCUACGUCAGCUCCUAAUUUGGUUGAAAAUGGAUCUGUUCAUCCUUCCAAUUCUGAUUUUCCUCCAGUUUCUGCAGUAAAAGUGCGGAAGUUGCCCUCAACUACCCAGCCUUUAUUGAAAGUGGAGGAUGUUCAAACUGCCAACAAGUCCUUGGUGGAAAAGAUUCGAGCUGGUCUUGAAUUUGAUGAGGAAAAAUACACUAUUUUUAAAGAUAUAUCUGGACAGUAUCGUCAGGGUUUGGUUGACACGGGAAUUUAUCUAGAUUUUGUGCGGCAGUUUGGCUUGCUUCAUCUGGUCCUUGAUUUAGCUAGACUCUGCCCUGAUUCGCAGAAGCAGAAAGAGCUGAUUGAUGCCUACAAUACCGGUACCCGCAACGGAUGGUCUCAGGACAAUGCUAAAUUGAAAGAUGGUAAUAAUUCUAAGAAAGGUAAGGGGAAGAUAUCAGAGGCUGAAAACAGUAAUUCUAAGAACACGCUAGCAGAUAGCAUUAUUAGUUCUGUACGGGAACUUCAAUCAAACGACAGGCCUAUGGAAGAAGCUGUGGAGGUGUUGACAAAGGACGGGUACCGUGGUGCCAAAGGAAAAUCAAAGCAGUUUGCUAAUGAGCACCAGGAGGAGUUAAAUUCUCGCAGUCAACCUCUAGUACAACUGAGCGGCCAAAAGGAUUCCCUGCCAGCUGCUAGUGGAUCUAAUCCGAAUUUAGUGGAUGGCGGUGGAGGGAGUAAGCAGCGGAAGAAAACUUCCAAAUUUCAUAGAGUCCGCUUGGGUGAUGCUGCAGCACUUUUAGAUCUUGGAAAUUCUGAUUCUCAGCCAGAUGCCGGUGAUGAAGGAUUAAAUGGAAGCAGUAACUCGGCUGGAGGAUUGCCCGUCAAAGGUGUGUGGCGGAAAGGAACUCAGAAACUCUUUAGUUAGAAGAAGCACGAUGAUUUAGGUCAUCAAUUUUUUGUUGGUAAAAAGAGUUUGCUUUCUUCCCAAAUUUUGCGACCAUUUAGUUCUCAACUCUGCAACCGGGCUGGACCCUUCGGUUUAUGCAACUGGGCAGUGGGUUUUGUGUGUGUGGCUUUUCUGGAAGGAACCUGCCUCUCCAUGUUUAUCGACAUCGCGUAAGUGUUCGUAUAUACUCUUCGGAAUGGGAAUAGGUUUGUUCACAUUUCUUGUCUUUCAGAUUUCCAUGGUUCUGGUAUUAUACGCAAACGUCCCAAAACUAUAAACAGACUGAAAGUGGAAUCGUGGAACUUUAUGAAAUUGUUUUCAAAACCUAGAAAAUUAACAAUUUUAACUUUUUUCUGCUUGA